AGAGCGGUGCAUCUUCUAACACGCGAUCACUUCGCAUUAUCGGUAUCACUCAUUUGCGAUUUCUUUGAGCUAGUUUGACUGAUCCCAUCCAGACGGGAGAGCGAGAAGUCUGGCGGUGGCGGUUUUACGCACUCGUCAGCUGCUGCCCGCUCAAAACCAGAUUCUUGUGUCUUCGUCGCCUUUGCCAAUAAUAAUAAAAAGAAAGAUGCGUGCGGCCGGCAAGGCGGACGUUCGGGCUGCACCUGGGGUGACCGCCGGACCGUCCGCUGUGGCGCUCAGCUCACCCUGCUCCCUCACCUUAGACUUUGGUGAAACAUACGAAGGCGCGGUGCAGACGAAGAACGGCAUUGCUCUCCCACACGGGCAGGGCGUGUGGCGCUCCGCGGACGGGGCGCUGCGGUACGAGGGCCAUUUUGUGCAGCGCUGGCGUGACGGCUACGGGCGCCUCUGCACCCCCGCCUUUACGUUGUGGGCGCGCUGGCGGAUGGAUCGGCCCGACCUGUCCUCCUCCAUCCGACUUGAUUACGCCAAUGGGGAUCGCUACUGCGGUUUUAUUGAGUGGAAGACGAAGUCGGAGAAAUCGUCGAGGCCGCGGUCGAGGUUUGCGGUGUGGGCCACCUCGGUGCAGCCCACACGUCAGCGCUGGGGCGAGCUCGUGAUGCAGAGCGGCGACGCCUACGUUGGGGAGUGGCGGGACGACGAGCGGGAGGGGUUCGGGUGCUACGUGUGGCCCUCGGGCAGCCGCUACACCGGCCGCUUCCACCGCGGUCAGUUCAGCGACGUGGGCACCCUCUUCAUUGCGGCGGCCGAGGUUGACGGCUGCUUCACGCGUCUCAGCGGUGGCGGAUGGCGGUGCGGGCAGGCAGGCAAGGCCAACGGUGCAGAGCGCAGUGCUCGGGCAGCGCGAUGGCCGCCGCUGACCCGGCCGUCGUGGGACGGCGUCAUCGUCGACGUUGUGUGGGCGGACGGGCGGUGCCGCGGAGAGGGACACGUGACGCUGCCGGGCGGCACGCGCAUCUCCGCCGACUGGCGCACGGCCUCGUCGCCGGUGGAUGGAGAGCUGGUGCUGCCGGCCCUCGCGCCGCAAGCCCGCGUCGACCCGGACGCUUACGAGUGGCACGAGAGCUUCCAGUGGGAGUCGCUCUUCAGCGGCGCGACCGACGGUGACGCAGGGCACCGUGCAAUGGCAGAGAAGGUGCUAAGCACCCGCGUCAACAUCCAGCAAUCGAACUCGGCGGAGGUCGUGAAGAGCUGCCUGGUAGAGCUCCUCAACACGCACGAGCUGGCCAAGACCACCCUUCAUGUGUUUCGACGGUGCUUCUACGGUCUUUACGGAACGUGCGGGGUCGAAACGGGAAUCGGCGCCGGUGGCGGCGGCACGAGCGGACUCGGCUGGUGCUCGCUGCGCAACCAGUACGGCGGGUGCGUUCACCUUUCUUCUCCUGGGCGGCCGAUCCAAGCAGCUGACUUGGACCUAGCGCUGCGUGACAUCGCCUCGCUGGCUCGCUCCACGGUGCGGUGGGUGCUGGAGCUGAUGGGGCCGGAGCUGCCGACGAAGGUGCUGGAUUGUGGCGGCGAGGCCGUCGUUGGGCGAUGGGUGGCGGACCGCGUCUUCCACCACUGCUAUCCGGUUCUGUUGAACCUCUACCGGCAGGUGUACAGGUCAGAGGAGGCCGCCCUCGCCGCCUCCAUCGCCCGCAUGCGCGACGCCGUCUCGCUGGACGACAUGGGGGUCCUCUUCGCGCGUCAGAGUGCGAGUCAGGCGAAGCUGUUCGACCCGUACACCGACGCCGUGCACUGCGUGGAGCAGCUCAACGGCGAGACGCAGACCCUGACGACGAUGCUAAAGGUGCUGGUGCAGUGGUCCCGUGAGAUCGACCUUUCGACUCGUCUCACGCAGGCGUCGCCGGAGCCGCUCUUGGCCGGGGCUGAGCGACGAACAAGCCAACCCAAGACAUCGCUGGCGGGGUCUGCGGAUGAUCUGCUGCCCAUUCACCAGUACGUGCUCAGCCAAUCUCGCUGCCCUCACCUGUACGCGGUGGCGAAGCUGCUGUCGGACUUUGCGAGCGAGUCGCUCUUUAUGGAGGCCACCUCGCAGGAGGCCUUCGGCGUCACCACCUUGCAGGUGUGCGUGCUGACCCUCCUGCGCCUGCACCCGUGGGAGCGAGACGAUGCGAACAUUCUGGUGCCUUUCUCCGUCACGACCGACCGCGUGGGGGCAGUGGCGCAGCGGUGGGCGAAGGUGGCUGAGUGGACGCGUGCUGCACUGGACACAUCCGUAUCGGCAAGUGAGGUAGCACAGAUGGAGGCGUUCAUGGUGCAGUACGCCAAGCUGUGGGUGCCGCGUGCCGUGGGGUGGGCCGGCGAGCACAUCAGCGACGCUGCCUCGUCUUUCUUGGUGAGCGACUGCGACUUCUCCGCUGAAGAGCUGGCUCUUCUUCGCCUGCGCCCGGUCCUCUGCGGCGAAGCUGUAUGCCUGGGCUGCUGGCUGUACGCGAGCUCGUUGCUGGGGGCUCUUCACUUGCGGUUGCACCUUGACGCUUUGGAGCUGCCGCAGCGCCUGCAGAGCGCCAGCGAUGUGACGCAGGCAUGUGGGCGCCUGCGAGGGUAUCUGCAAAACGACCAGGCUGCCCUGCAACUGCGCGUGGGGGCGGAGCCGUCUGUGCACCUGAUCCCUAGCCGCCUGCUGCGUAUGGAGGUUCACCUGUGUGGUGUUUUGAGCAGCCUUCUGUGA